GUGAGAGGCUCCAUUGCCUUGGUGGCAGCUGCUGAUGCCAUGGUAACUUGAUCUAGAGGAAUGUGAAGGAAAGCGACACGUGUGACUGUCUGGAAGUCGACCUCAAAAUCAAUCGCGUCUCAAGACAAAUUUCUACCCUGCUUUUAAUACAACAGAAAACACGAUGAAAACGGUAGAGGACGCCAUCAUUAGUGAAACGCAAGCUCUCGUUGAGAACAUUAAAAAAAUGAACCAAUUAGUGGCAGAGACGAACGACGCCGAAGUAGUAGCAUUGAUCGACAAGUUACGAAUACUGGAAAAGAAAAUGUCACUUGUAUUUACCUUCUUUAAGGCAUCUCUGUAUUCACUCAAUAUGUGGCAGCAGGAGGGUCAGUACGUAUCCUCUAACGCUAUGGACGAAGAUACCAAUCGACCCGCUAUUCAGCUAUAAGCAAAAUUAUAUUCCUUUGCUGUCAGGCACUGCUUGACAUUGUGCUUCUUAUUCCGCAAUUCGACGUUUAACCAAGUUGAAUUAUGCUAUCGCCUACGCUUGUACUUGUACACUCUAUGUAAAUAUUCUACCAAACUCCAUAUAAUUAAAAGUCACUGGAAACAAAACAAAAACUUUCAAUCAUAAGUGCAAAGUAAAUCUUUUUCUAUUAACACAGAAUUGCGCGGUAAC